AUGCAAGGUGCCGAGUCGGCAGAGCCUGCUGCAGCGAGGGUUUGUGUUGCAGAUCAGGGUCAUUCUUUCUGCCGCUGCCUACGCCUCGUCCUCCCAAAAUGAUCGAGUGGGCAACGGCACGGAAGCCUCUCUAGCCCCAAAACGUUCUUCGCCGCACUGGCUGAACCUCCUGCCACUAAUUUGCAUGUAUAUCUUGCGUUGCAUUCGAUAAUUGACGCUGGGUUUCAAAGGAUAUUUCCCAAAACGUAUAUUACUCGAGGCUGAGAAGGUUCCAUGAAUAAAUAAAAGGAAUUCGCGUACGAUGAAUGAGCUAUGUAAGAUGGAAAAACGCCUAAAUAACCUAUAAUUUAAAAUAUUACAUAGAAGGACAUUCCACGCGCAGCCAUGGGAAAAAGUCUUCAACAUAUUCAAACCAAUGAGCUCUUUUUAGUGUCACUUUUGAAGAUCAAAAUUUGAAAAAUUGGGAUCAUUAAAAAAUUCGUAAACAAGGAAUUUAAAAAAAGUAAGAUAUUGUAAACUCUGAAGAAUUGGGUGUAAAUUUUCGCCCGGAAAGUUGUUGCAAGUCAUCCCCAAGGGAAAAAAGCAGCAGCAUGAAUCGAGAACAAGAUUAGAGCGACAAAAAGUUUUGUCCUCUCGGGCGCAGAUAAAAAUCUAUCGAAAAACUUCUGAAAUUUUGAGAGAGGGAGAGCGAGAAGGAGAAAACGAGGAAGAGAGAACUCUAUUAUCAAUGUGCUUUUGAAAGAAAAAUGACAAAAUGAAGAUGAGCAAACGAAGAAAGAGCGAAAGUGAAUUUACAAACAUUAAGAGGCAUAAUUUUCGAGAGGUUGAUUAGAAAUAACUUUUAGAGGCUACUGAAUGGUUUCAAAGCUCUCUAUGACUAUACGAUUUAUUAAUAACCUCUAAGAGUUACUUAUUUUCGCUAAAACAUUUUAUAUACGCCACAGAAGUUUCUGAAAGUCACAAAAAAGAUUUUAAAGAAAUAUUUUGAAUUCGCGGCAGAGCGGCGAGAGUGUGGUUUUUUCGGCAAGAGUGUCCACAGUCGAAACGCGUUCACGAUUUACGCGCAAAUAAAUUUUUUGAAAAGUUUGUGAUCAAACUUUUGAACUCUUUUAUUAACUAUUUAGUUUUUGGCUCUCAAGUCUGGUUUUUUUAUAGAACAACAAAAAUGCUUCGGUUAGGGGCGAGUUUCAUUCAAGCCACAAUCUCACAAAGGUACCUUCUAAAAUUUUAAACAGAAAUUUUCUAUUAAAUAUUUUCAGAAGACUUUCUUCUUGGCUUUCUGAUUGCAGCUCUUCAUUCUAUUCUUGUAACUGCUGUUUACAAAUAUGUCCCGACCCCAUACAUGGACGAGAUCUUCCACAUCGGUAAGGUUUUCCCAACAAUUCGAAAAAAUCACAUUAAAAUUAGAACGAGAAUGAUAGAUUAAUUUUUGUUUAAUUUUUAUACUGUGGAAACGUUUUUAAUUGCGGAUUCACGGUGGUUUCCCUUAUUAGGGGUUAAUUGGCGACAGAUCGGUUGCGCUAAUUAAAAAUGCGGCUAUCUUUUUAUUGUAAUGUUAAAGCGGAACAUUUCUAAGUAAAAUAGGAUUCUAUUCAAGGGCAGACACGGUCGUACUGCAACGGAAACUUCACUUGGAAUCCCUUGAUAACGACUCCACCGGCGUUAUAUUUUUUGGCGGUGCCAUUCUGCUACGGCCAGAAUGAAAGAUACGUCAAUUCGCUCCUGAUUCUUCUUGCCGUCGCUGGAUUCUGUCGUUUUCGUCGCAUGUUCAGCCGGGUAUAAAUCUAAAAGAUAAAGUAGAAAAUAAUUCGAAGGAUUUCAGGACUUUGUGCUUUCGACAGCGGUGAUUGUGCAGACUUUGCCGGUUUUGCUACACUCUUCUGUCCUUCUUUAUACCGACCUUCUAUCGCUAACUGCUGUUGUCUGGGGACUCUCUAUAAGGUUGGUAGAUUCAGUUCUCAAAUAGUUUUUUUUUCUCAAAAGUAUGAAAAUUGAGUUGCUUAACUGUUAGAGAAACUCACUUAUCAAUCCAAUCAGUCGAAAAAAUAUCUCAAAAGUUGAAGGAAUGUGUUUGAACCAUGAAGAAUAUCUUAGGCUUUGAAAUUUUAGUAUUUUCCCGCUACCAAUCAUGUUCGAAAGCGUCAUUAUUCAUAGUUUUUUUUUCCUACUUUUUUUAGGAAAGUUUGUUCGAAAUUCUGUAUUUUUUUUUGUUUUCUGCUUGAUUUUAAAAGAGUAAAAAAACGUUAUUUUGAAAUUUUAUAAGCUAUUUUCUAUAGAGCUUUCCCAACAAGUUUAAUGAAAAAAAAGGGAUUUAUUGGAUAUUGACUGCAAUUGAAAUUAAAAUUACCUAAAAUCUCCAUAAAGACAGUCCAAAAAAAGGAAAGAAUGAACAACAACUUCCUUUCAGGAGUCCUUCGGUUUCGGCGCUGUGCUUCCUGGUGGCGACACUCACCCGUCAAACGAACAUCGUUUGGGCGGCCGUCUACGCGGCAUCGCGUCUCUUGGCACGACAUCGCAGCGACCGGCCAUUCAGGUCCACCUUCUCUUCCCUCCUGUAUCUUUGGCCUUUCGAACUGCUUGCCCUCGCUUUUGCCGCCUUUGUCGUGAUCAACGACGGAAAAUUCGUCCUCGGCGACGCCAAGGCACACGAGCCGAAGCUGCACCUUGCGCAGUUCUUCUACUGCUUGAUCUUCUGCGCCGCCCACGGCUGCCUCCAGGCGUUGCCUCUGAUCUCUCCUCUUCUGAAGAAGGCGUUGAGACCGUCGCGGCUGGCGAUCUCGUUGGUGGUGGCCUUCUGCUUCUACCGCUACUCCUACGACCACCCAUAUCUUCUGGCCGACAACAGACACUUCACCUUCUACAUUUGGCGUCGAUUCCUUGCAAACCCACUCAUUAGAACAUCUUUGGCUCCGAUUUGCGUCUUAUCUGCGGAUUUCAUGAACUUGACGACGGCUCACGUCGCUCCGAUCCACAGGAUUCUCUUCCUGUUUGCCACACUUGCUGUUCUGGUCCCUGCUCAUUUGUUCGAAAUGCGUUAUUAUAUAGUUCCUUAUGCCUUGUGGAGGCUUUCAGUCCGAAGCUGUAA